GCAGCAGAUACUCAGUGAGAUGCUGGACACAGACCCUGACAUGUAAAGGCCAUCAGAGCAAUCACAUUAGGACCAGCCUAUAGGAAAGUCUACUGCUUGACCAAUCCAAGCCUGCUUAUAGCUAACCAAUUGCAGCCUGGGUUACAUCCAACCUACUAAACUGGCAUCUAUGGGUGUUUAAAUGUGGCACUUACUGUGAUUCCUAGAACAGCAAGCAGACUAGAGCAGCACCUCCGCUCCCAUCAUCAUCAUCCGCAAUCUGCACGGACGUGGCUGCACACACCGGCUGACACCUAUUCCAUGAACCUCACCGAUCUAUCGUGGCAUACAUCAUGCACCCACUUGGCUAACAGCCAGCCAUAGCAUCUGUGUAGCACAUCUGGAUUUACUUGCAAUUAUUGCUGGUGCUCUCGGGGCUGAAUGUAGAGCAUUAUGCAUGGCCGGGUUAUUAUAACACCUCAUUGUCAUUUAGCAGCCGAUCCACAAAAUGGAACAUGCAGGCGUAUGGGAGAGACAGAGGAAUUGCCUUGUUUGAAAAGAAGCGGCUGCUGCAGAGAUGCAGGCUGUGCAUCCAAGGUGUGACUAUUUUCGCAAUUCCUCGAUUCAAACAUUACAGUGCCAUGUGCAAGAGAUUUAGAAGAAAAACAGAGAUGUCUAUGCAAUGUCAUAAUGCACAUGUGUCAAGAACAUAUAUGUGAUUAGAUGCAACAUUAAACAAUGUUCCUUAGGAGAAUUUGUGGAAUAUUUCCAACUGGAUUUGGACUUCGUCUUUCUCAGAAAUUUAUAUUUUUAUUGUUUUUGUCUGGAUUUAUUACACUCUGCUUUGGGACACUGUUUCUGUUACCAAACACAUCAACAUUUAAGAGGAUAUUUUUGUCUAGUACACAAAAUGGCGCAAAAAUACACAGCUAUGCUAGUAAGAAAAUUAACAAAAAAACUGUUGAAGAUCAAAAGUCAAUGCUACAGAACACAAAUCAAGAAAAGUGGAGAUCCAAAGACAAAUUUGAUGUGGAUGUAAAACCACUAGGAUUUAUAACCAGCAACUAUGAAACACAAAAAGACGAUGUUACAUUGAACAGAGAACAUAUAGUAGCUACUAAAGCCAAAAUGAAAAAUAAUGAUGUAUCUACAGCUCAGAAGAAAAAAAAUGACUUUAUUUUUGAUUACAAGGCUCUUCGAAAAUCCUUUAAACAUCCCCCUUUGGGAAACAGACCUGAACCAAAGGAUUCAGAAAUCAGAGAAAAAAGAAACAAAAUUAAAGAGAUGAUGAAAUUUGCAUGGGAUAGCUACAAGAAAUAUGCCUGGGGGGAGAAUGAGCUGCGUCCGCUAACUAGAGAUGGUCAUUUUGGAAGUCUGUUUGGGGGAUUAAAAGGAGCUACAAUUGUGGAUGCUCUGGACACCCUUUUCAUCAUGGAUUUGAAGGAAGAGUUUGAGGAUGCAGGAAUGUGGGUCGAGAACAGCCUUGAUCUGAAUGUGAAUGGAGAAGCCUCUUUGUUUGAAGUUAACAUCCGUUACAUAGGAGGAUUGGUCUCUGCUUACUACCUAUCAGGAAAAGAGGUUUUCAGAGAAAAAGCCAUAGGACUUGGAAAGAAGCUGUUACCAGCAUUUAACACACCUACUGGAAUCCCGCGUGGUAUUAUCAACCUUGGAAAUGGUUUAAACUGGAGCUGGGGAUGGGCCUCUGCAGGGAGCAGCAUUUUAGCUGAAUUCGGAACUUUGCAUUUAGAGUUUCUGAAGCUGAGCGAACUCUCUGGAGAGCAUGUGUUUAUUGAGAAGGUGAAUACCAUCCGGAAAAUAUUAAAGAAAAUUGAGAAGCCUCAUGGAUUGUAUCCUAACUAUUUCAGCCCCGUCAGUGGAAGCUGGGUGCAACAUCAUGUGUCUCUUGGAGGACUUGGUGACAGCUUCUAUGAAUACUUAAUCAAGUCUUGGCUGAUGUCAGCUAAACAAGAUAAUGAAGCAAAGGGCAUGUACUAUGAAGCUGUAGAGGCAAUUGAAGCACAUCUUAUCCGAAGGUCUGCUGGAGGUCUCACUUACAUUGCUGAGUGGAGAGGUGGUGUCCUUGACCACAAAAUGGGACACCUGACUUGCUUUGCUGCAGGAAUGUUAGCUCUUGGAGCAAAUGAUGCACUGGAGAAGAAAAAAGAUCAUUACAUGGAUUUAGCAGCAGAUAUUGCUAACACAUGCCAUGAAUCUUAUGUACGUACAGAUACUAAACUUGGGCCUGAAGUUUUCAGGUUUGACACUGGGGCUGAAGCUACAUCGACCAGAUUAAGUGAAAGAUAUUACCUAUUACGUCCAGAAGUGGCUGAGAGUUACUUGUACUUGUGGAGGUUGACACAUAACCCCAAAUAUAGAGAGUGGGGCUGGGAGAUUGUACAGGCUUUGAACACAUACUGCCGAAUUGAGAGUGGAUUUUCAGGCAUAAGAGAUGUGUACACUACAACGCCCAACCACGAUAAUAUUCAACAAAGCUUUUUCAUGUCAGAAACAUUAAAAUACCUCUACCUGCUGUUUUCAGAAGAUGACCUGCUGUCGUUAGAAGACUGGGUUUUUAACACUGAAGCACAUCCACUACCAAUAACUCGUCUAAAAUCAGUUUGAAGCACAACAAACCAAUUCAUACAUAUCCAGUGUUUUUAUCUGUAAUUGAAAUUUUCAUACGAAAGAAAUUCUAUUUUAUGAGCUGUUUGAGAUACCAUGAACUACAUAAAAUACAAUAUAAGAAUCUGUUGCUUGUUAAAUAUAGCACUAAAAGAAAUGGUGGCCUUUGGCAGAAAAUUCUGCCCUUAUUUACAUUUUCACUUUUUUUCAAACAUAGAAAAAAGUAGAGAAUAAACAUAAAUAUAUCAAAGUUUGUGAAAUGUCUGGGAUUCUCUUACAGUGCUACGUGCCCGUCUACCUACUUGUUCUUUGUGGAACAGACUUCAUUAAACUUCUACAGUGAUUAAUACCCCUUUCACACUGAAGCCCCGUCUCUUACACUGCAUCCAUAUGCACGUUACUCUGCAUCCAACCUGGGACGGACCCGUGAAUAUCCCUCCGUCGAUUCUUUCACACCAAGCCAGGACCUGGAUCGCACCUGCUACCUGGGUUCUCAGCCUAGUGUGAAAGAGAUAUUAGUCACAUUUGGAUCAUGUUAGAGUUAGUCAUGUGUAUCCCCACUCCCUUUCAUCAAUUUAUAUUGGCUAAUUUUCAACCUUCACAUUAUCUUUUAUUGGUUAUCCUCCUAAAACCUUUACCAAAUAUAAUGUUUAAGGGCAAGACCAGAUGUAGGUUUUAGAACCCAGCAAUUUCCAUACCAAAAAAACAGGGCUCUGAAGCAAUGCCAAGGCUCCGUCCAUGUAAUAUUAUAGUGCAUUACUGUUUCAGGUCGCUGUGGUUUUCUGAUCUGAGAUCACCCAUCUGCUUCAUCAGUUUUAGAAAUGUAUCUUACACCUGAGAGAUGUUUCCAUUUGUUAUCUUGAGACGUGAAGUAUAGAUGGAUAUGCGUUGUAUUAUGAAAUGAGGGUACAUCAUGCUUAGAGCCUUCUACUUUUCUGCUUUCAGGCCUUGUUCAUUUGAUAAAGGGGCAAUUGCAAUGUUGCCUAACUGUAAUUUACUAAUCCUGCAUUUCAUCCGGACGUACUGUAUAUGUGCCUGGUCUAAACCUUCCAUAGUGUUACUGUGUAUAAGUAUGGCAGAUAUCUGUAAUUUCUUUCCAAGCUAUUUUAUUGAGUAUAAUCUGUUUAUUGAUGUUUAUUUUUUACUUGUUUAAAGUAGUUUCACAAAAUUUAUCAACAAUUGGAAUCUAUAAUGAAAACGUGAGGGUAAAUUUGCUAUAGGUCGAUUCUAAUCUACAGUACUUUAAAUCAAUCUAAAUCGAUGUUGUGUUUCAGGGGCUAAAUCGCACGCUUACUAACAUUCAAAAAUCGAUAUGAAAAAUUGUCUGUUAGUAAAUCUGCGUUUUAAACUCCGAAACACAAAAGCGAUUUCGUUCAAAUUAAAAUCAACCUUUAGUAAAUUUACCCCAUGGUGUACACUGAAAUGCCUGUAGAGUAUUAAUAAAAGGUUCAUUAAUUGUAUCACAACUUCUUAUUUUGUUUCCUCCAGCAUUGUUCUAUAAGAACAUUGGUUCUCGCCAAAGCUCAUGAUGACACAGGGGAUGGUUGUUUCCACUGGACAAAAUGAAUAAUUUUUCAAGAAAUAAAUAAUAAAUUAAGACAUUUCUUAAAAGCUAUAUAGGGGAGAAGGGUAACAUAGUAAAUGAAAAAUGAUAUGCAUUUUCCCAUAACAGUUCCCUUUACACACAAAUCUAACCUCAUUGUUUGAGGUUAAUUGUCAAGUGAUGGGAGACUACUGCUGCAACCAAUGGGAACUCUUUGCUGCCUUGGUAGCCAUUUUGCAUGUUCUGUGUGUUUGGGCAUGGCUGGAACUUGGAUAGUUUGCAAUGUAAGUAAUCCAAGUAUUUUACAGUGUCAGUGUUCUUACCGCUGCAUGUUAGUGUACUGUGUUCUGUUCUAGGCAACUCUCAUAUUUUUUUAUAAGCUUGUUUUUUUUGGGGGGCGGAGCCACAGAGAUGACGUGGACACACACUUACAUAACGCUGCACUGCAUAUGACAGUUAUAGACUGCAAAUACAUACCAUCUAAAUGACUUUUUAUUUUUACUACAUUCACUGGAACAAAGGGGGUAAUUCUGAGUUGAUCGCAGCAGCAAGUUUGUUAGCAAUUGGGCAAAACCAUGUGCACUGGAGGGGGGGGCAGAUAUAACAUUUGCAGAGAGAGUUAGAUUUGGGUGGAUUAUAUUGUUUCUGUGCAGGGUAAAUACUGGCUGGUUUAUUUUUACACAGCAAUUUAGAUUUCAGUUUGAAUACACCACACCCAAAUUUAACUCUCUCUGCACAUGUUAUAUCUCCCCCCCUGCAGUGCACAUGGUUUUGCCCAAUUGCUAACAAAAUUGCUGCUGCGAUCAACUCAGAAUUAGGGCCAAAGAACAACCCGAGCUGAAAUUAGCUGAAAUAAUGAUAUUUAAGAAAACGUAUAGUAGGCUGACAAUUUUUACUGACAAUAGUUAUAUUAUGGGAAUUUGAUGAGAAAAAUAUAAUGGUUAGGAAUUUAGAGGGGAAAGAGUUUUUAGAACUGGGAAUAAUUUAUUUUAUGUAUUGUUUUGGUAUUUCCAGUAGGAAAUCAUAUUUUCAUGGAUUGAAAUAUUUUUUUUUUUUUAACUGCCAGGAAUAGAAGCCACCCCACUCCCCAUAUGAAAAAUGUCAUGCAUACUACAUAGACACAUUUAAUGGCUACCGUAGCACAAGUAAUAGGUAUUCUCAAGCACCCCUACUCUGCCAGGCAAAUAAUUUAUUUAUUUAUCUUCUGUAUAGACUGGCCAUAAAUAUACUCAUAUGUGUACACUACCUGGGUAGGGAUCAAUCAUUAUCAGGGGCGUUACUAUAGCGGGAAGGUUGACCACAAGACGUGUGGUGCGUACCAUGCCCCCCCUUUAAUCGCACACCUUGAUGUCUCAACUCCUCCCUCACAAUUAUUGUGAGGUAUGUAUAAUGUGAAAUGUAACAUAGAAACAUAGAAUUAGACAGCAGAUAAGAACCACUUGGCCCAUCUAGUCUGCCCCUUUUUUUAUCCCUUAGAUAAUCUCGACCCUUUUUGAUCCUUUGUUCUUUGGAAGGAUAUUCAUGUGCCUAUCCCAAGCAUGUUUAAAUUGCUCUACUGUCUUAGCCUCUACCACCUCUGAUGGGACGCUAUUCCACUUAUCCACUACCCUUUCUGAGAAGUAUGUUUUCCUUAAAUUUCCCCUGAACCUGCCUUCCCCAGUUUCAGUCUAUGUCCCAGUGCUCUAUUACUUCUCUUCUUUAGAAGAAUAUUUCCCUACUGUACUUUGUUAAAACCCUUGGUAUAUGUGAAAGUUUUUUUUUAUCAUGUCACCCCUUUCACUUCUCUGCUCCAAACUAUACAUGUUAAGAUAUUUUAGUCUUUCCAGGUAAGUUUUGUGAUGUAGGCCAUGCACCAUUUUAGUUGCCCUUCUUUGUACACUCUCUAAUGUAUUUAUAUCCUUCUGGAGAUAUGGUCUCAAGAACUGAACACAGUAUUCCAGAUGAGGCCGCACCAAUGACCUAUACAGUGGCAUUAUUACUUAUUUUUUCCUGCUACUGAUUCCUCUCCCUAUGCAACCAAGCAUCUGAUUAGCCUUCCUCAUUGCUUUAUUGCAUUGCUUUCCUGCCUUUAGGUCACUUGAAAUAGUGACACCUAGAUCCCUUUUCUCCUCCGUAGUUUCAUUAGAGUACCCUUGAUACUAUAUUUAGCCUUUGGGUUUUUGAGACCCAAGUGCAUGAUUUAUCAUUUUGUAGCAUUAAACUGUAGUUGCCACACUCUUUAUCUAUUUUUUAAUGACUACCUAGAUCAUCAAUAAUUUGUAUUACCUCUCCUGAUGUGUCUACCCUGUUGCAUAUCUUUGUUUUAUCUGCAAAAAGGCAUACUUUCCCUUCAGUGCCAUUUGCAAUGUCACCAACAUAUUCACUGGCAUAUUUAUAAAGGGUGCAGUGUGUGCGGUGCAUGUGGGUACCUGAGUCCAGGGGGGCCCCAAACUGCACGCACGCGCUGCACCCAUUUUUUCAAUAAUUACCCCUCGAGUCCAGCGCCAAUGGUAGCAGGGCUGCAGAAAUUGCCGGGAAAGUAGCCACCAUGCCAUUUUCCCCUAGAUCUAUGCAUGCGCAUUAGGGUCUGAGCACUCUAGUGCUCAGACUCUCUACAGCGCUGCAUCACUGCUGGCACCUGCCAAAGAGGAGAGGGUCUGGACUGAGGAGGCUGCACACGGUCCUCAUCCUCUCUUAAAAUGCUGCUGCCUAGGGUACUCCACUGGUAACACUUCCUUCCAUAGAAUGCACUCCAUUUACACUCAGUUGACUGUUUCCUAUCAUGCAACCAGGUUCUCAUCCAUUUAACUGUUUUAUACUUCAAUCCCAUGCAUUUUAUUUAGCAGUCUGCGAUGUUUGACGGUGUCAAAUGCCUUACUAAAGUCUAGCAACACUACAUCUACACUCCCCCCCCCACCACCACCACCACCACCACCACCACCACCCCUUGAGAUAUUAUUUUAGUCAUAGAGUCAAAAAAGUCAAGAUUUGUUUGGCAUGAUCUCCUCCCAGUAAAUCCAUAUUGUUUGGGAUCCUGUAUGUUGUUUGAUUUAAGAUAUUCCACAACUCUGUUAAUAGUAGGGAGGCCAAUCCCAAGCCUUUUUUUUUCAAUUCCGGGUAUCUGGAUUGAAAAAAGGUCAAUCCCGAGAUUCCCAGGAUACCUGGGAUUGGGUUGAAAACCCACCCACCCCAGCCCAGCCCACAUCGUGAGGACCCUUAACACUGCCCGGCAUUAAAAAAAACAAUGGUACAGGUAAAUCCCGCUAUGCCGGGAUUGGACCUUCCAAUUCCGGGAUUGAAUCCUGGCCAUUUUUUAGCCUAAAUCCCGUGAUCCCCCAGAUCCUGGGAUUGGCCUCCCUAGUAAACAGUGUUUCCAUUACUUUCCCCACUACAGGAGGCAUUGUGUUGCACAAUGUGAACUGGAGGCACUGGAGUGUGAAUUAUGGUACAAUAAGGGGCAUAAAAUGAACUAGGGGACAACAUGGGGCAUAAAAUAAACUAGUGUACUACUAUGGGACAUAAUAUGAACAAUCACUGCCCAGAGAGGUAUCUCUCUAGAAGCAUUGGGACACGGACCUUUCAAAUAUUGCUGUUGGACCCACACAUUUUUAGUUACACCCCUUGGUCAUCAUGAAUGUUGCUGUGAAUGGAGUGGAGCUGAAAUGCAGUGAUGCUAUGUGUAUGCAGUGUUUAAAAAUAAAACACAUUAACCAGUGUAAUGUUAUCCUUUGCAAGACAUACUUGCUUAUAUUCUAAGAAUUGUACUAGAUUAACAAUUGACCUAAUUUUAAAUAAAUAAAAAAAUCUGAUUUGAACUAAAUUGUACUAGAAUAGAGAACGUUACUGUAACUGACAAUACCUGUGUGACCCUGUCCUUUUAUUACAUUUUGUUUUCUGCACAUUUUCUAAGGAAUAUGGCUUCUUAACAAAAUAAAGGCACGCAGAGGUUUCUGACUAUACUUACACAAUUAUUCAAUUAGUUCGAGACAAACAAUGUUUUGGAUACAAUGUUAUUGUUGACUUUUUUUUUUGUUUGACAUACUGUUGUCCUUUUACCUGAAUUAUGUCACAGGGGAUUUAUUUUAAUUAUCCUUUGUCUGCUGGUUUUGCAGAAUUGUCAAAACACUUUAGGAUUAAUUCAAUUAGGGGUGAUAUUCUCAUUCCUAUAUUGUAUGUCACAUUUACGUUACAGCCAGAUUUGCAGUUUUUUUUUCACAGUCUCACAGGGCUGCAUACAAAGAUCAGUGACUUCAGGGUGAGAUUGGUCCAUGAGGGGAAGUGUUCUGCUGUCGUUGCCGGUGUUUACAUGCCAUUGCAACGGCAACUCACCCCCUUUGCCUAUAAUUGAAUUGACCCUUUUGUGCAUUGACUUCGAUGUCGCAAUGAUCAUGUGCAAAAUUAAUUAUGUGCCAUGUAUGAUAACUAUCCUAAAUGUAUAUUCAUUCUAUGCAGAAUUAAAAUGAUUUUCAUUUGUUGAUGUUAUUUAUUUCAUUAAUAAAUUGAACAUUGUAAUGUAUUGUGAUAAAAUAAAUUUUAUUGAGAUGUGGAUUAUUAA